GCCGCCUCCUUCACUCCCUCCGUCCGUCUGUCCCUCCCGCCUGGAGCUCCGAGGGGAGGCGGCGGUUUCCCGGCUCCUCGGCUGCAGCCACACGGCCGGCUCUCUGCAUCCCCCGCGGGCAGGAACCAGCUUGAGGUGUGAUGCUUGAGUGAUACUGACAUCAUGACAGCAGUUAGACACAGAAAAGGAACAAAAGCCUCAGAGGUUCCAGAUGAGCGACAUGAGAAGCACUGGAAGCUGGAUGGGAAAGUUCUUCCAGGUGGAAAAGUGUGGAAGAAACUUUCAAUCAUCACUGGUGGUUUUGUUGGCAUUUCCCUAGGAAUUCUCACUUCUGUUUAUGUUGCUACUCUCCAUGAAAAUGAUCUAUGGUUUUCUAACAUCAAGGAGGUUGAGCGGGAAAUAUCCUUCAGGACAGAAUGUGGCCUGUAUUACUCGUAUUACAAGCAAAUGCUACAGGCUCCAUCCAUUCAGUCAGGUUUAAAUAGCUUGAUGUAUGACAAUAAAACUGAGUCCAUGAGGACAAUUAAUAUACUUGAAAGAAUGAAUGUUUACCAGGAGGUACUUCUGAGUAUUCUAUAUAGGACUUUGCAUAUUAAGAAAUUUUUAGAGCCUAUUUAUUUUUACAUCUACACGUUAUUUGGCCUUCAGGCGGUUUAUGUGGUUGCUCUCUAUGUAACCAGCUGGCUUCUUAGUGGGACUUGGCUUUCAGGUGUAUUAGCUGCCUUCUGGUAUAUUACAAACAGAAUAGAUGCCACUCGGAUAGAAUUCACUAUUCCGUUAAGAGAGAACUGGGCACUGCCAAUCUUUGCUGUUCAAGUUGCAGCAAUUGUAUUCCUCUUCAGGCCUCAUUUACGACCUACUCACGAAAGGCUGACGUAUCUGACAGUAUUUAUUUCAACCUUCCUCUUCAGUUUGACUUGGCAGUUUAAUCAGUUUAUGCUGUUGAUCCAAGCUCUGGUUUUGUUCACACUUGACUCUCUUGACUUUCUUCCUAGGGGAAAGGUUACCUGGAUCUAUAUAAUACAAGUAGUCAGUUUACUGCUCGUCUGCUUACUACAGUUUUUCAAUACCAUGAUAGCAGGAUCAUUGCUUCUAAGCUUUAAUAUGUCCAUCUUGUUAGCAAGAAAACUUCAGAAUAACCUGAAAACUGGAGGCUUCUUUAGCAGACUUGGGAAGCUUUUCCUCCAUGUGCUUUUAGUGCUAUGUUUGACAUUUCUAGUAAAUAAUUUUAUGAAGAAAGUUCUUAAUCUCGAGUCAGAUGAACAUAUAUUUAAAUUCCUAAAAGCAAAGUUUGGAUUUGGAGCAACAAGAGAUUUUGACGCUAAUCUGUACCUGUGUGAAGAAGCUUUUGGUCUGUUGCCUUUUGAUACUUUCACGAGACUCUCAGACUCCCUCGUCUUUUAUGCUUACGUAUUUGUGCUUUUUGUCAUGGCCAUAGCAGCUGCUAUUGCUGCUUUUCAAAACCUCUGUGGUUCUGCUAACAACAAAUCCAUGGAUAAACUACACCAGUGUACAGUGUUGCUGAAGCCUGGUGCUGCUUAUAACUUAGUUCACUCCAUUAUGUUUGGGUGCCUGGCUUUAAGCACAAUGAGGAUGAAGUACAUCUGGAUUUCCCAUCUGUGUGUCUUUGCAGCCUCUGGCAUGUGCAGUAGUGAUAUGUGGGGACUGAUCUUGAAAUGUGUUCGCCUUCACACACCACAAAGGGUGUCUGUGAUGAGAUAUUUAACACCUGUGCUCAUGCUACUAUAUCUUUUUUACAAGUUCUGGCCAAGAAUGAUGGCGGAGCUUUCAGAGUUGAGAGAAUUCUAUGACCCAGACACAGUGGAGCUGAUGAACUGGAUUAACUCUAACACCCCGAAGAAUGCUGUGAUAGCUGGAAGCAUGCAGCUGUUGGCAGGAGUCAAGCUGUGCACGGGAAGGGUGUUAACCAAUCAUCCCCACUACGAGGAUAAAAGCCUGCGAGAGAGGACGAAACAGAUCUAUCAGGUGUAUGCAAAAAGGUCACCCGAAGAGGUCUACAGGAUCCUGAGAUCUUUUGGCACAGACUUGGUGAUUCUGGAGGACAGCAUGUGCUACGGCAGAAGACACAGCCGGGGCUGCCGACUGCGCGACCUCCUCGACAUAGCAAAUGGCCAUACGAUGGAUGGUCCUGGGGAGAACGAGCCCGACCUGAAACCUUCCCAGUACCCUCGUUUUUGCGAGGAAAUCAAAAGCAACCUGCCUUCGUACACUGUGUAUUUCUCAAAAGUGUUUCAGAACAAAACCUUCCACGUUUACAAGCUUGCCAAGCAUAAAAAGACCACUUAAGCUUUGCUGUGGGUCACACUGGAAAAUUCUAAGGGAGUUUACAAAAAAAAGAGGCUACUUUUUAAUUACUGUGAUAAUCCGGGGGGGGGGGGGUGUAUUUUGGUGACAUGCAAGAUGUGUCCAGAAAGUUUGUGUGGAUUACAAGCUGGUGCAUGAAGGUCCCCGCCCAGCAUGUACACUACACAAUCGGUGAGGUUCCAGGCUAAAUCUCCUCUUUUUUGCACACAACCCCGUUUAGAUAAUUAUGUGUACAUUUUUUUGUGGCUAAUGCAAUCUUGUAGCUGGAGAAGGAGGUGUGUAAACCUGAGGCUUGCUCCCCCACUGCGUCGUUCUGCACUGCAUGUACAUCUUUUUCACCAGGCACUUGUGUGAACCAACCGUAGUCUUGUUCUGCUAACAGCUAACCUACAAAAUUCUUCUCAGGGUCCUGGCUCGCUUGUGUUGUCUUGUGAUGAUGCUGUUCCUGUUUCCUGUUCUUCCCCUUCCCCCAGGAGGCAGAUGUAACCCCGUACCUCGGUGCCAAGUUUAGAUCCUGGAAUUCCUAUCCAAACCAGGAAGUCCUGUCGAUAUCCAUGAAGCUUGCUAGCCAUGAGUGCACAGAAGCACAGCUUUCAUCUUCCUGACAUCUAAGCCCAGUUUCACGAUCAAGGUUUUUAUGUCAGCUUCUCGGAUCCAGAGAAUUUUGGUUCCCAGAUUCCAGCGAAGAUUCUGUAGCAGCCAUCCAUGAUGCAAUAGAAUAGCCAGUGUUGUAGGAAAGCAUUUGGCCUAACCUGCCAUAGGCCCCUUCCGCACAGGCAAAAUAAUGUAUUUUCAAACCACUUUCACAACUGUUUGUAAGCGGAUUUUGCCAUUCCGCACAGCUUCAAAGAGCACUGAAAGCAGUUUGAAAGUGCAUUAUUCCGCAAGUGCGGAAUGAGCCUUAGAUGGCGGCUGUCCUCUUCUGGCAACAGUUAGAGGAAUGCUAAAACAUCCCUCUGUACAUUUGCAUGAGGCUUUUUCUGUACACUUUUACUUUUGGCGAGCAUGCAGCUUUCCCAGGCAGGAAUGAUGAUUCUCCCUUGCUAGUAUUCAAGCUGAUUUUGUGCCAUAGCUAAACCUGCAGCGAGAUCUCUAGUACUGGCGGCAGGUUGUUCCUGCUUGCAACCAAAGCUCCGGACUUGUGUGUUUAUUACAGAGGAAGGCACUUGCCACAAUCCAGGAAGUGCCCUCAGGAACACCUAAAUGUACGUGCCCACGCAGUCUUCCACUACAUGGCACCCUUCAGUAUCUGCAGCUUUUCAACCUGUUGUUGUUUUCACAGACUUGUUCCUUGGUGUUUGAGUUGUCGUCGUUAACUUGUUUGGAUUGUUCUUCCUUCUGCUGCUGUUACGUCCUGGAUGAUGGGUUUUGUUUGUGUACGUUUGAGGUUGUCAAAAGUGGAGCUUGUUUUUUUUUGUAACGUGAUCUGUUAUGACGUCUGUGUCUCAACUUUUUAACGGCAGUCACACAAACCAAGACCAAAACGCCGCCCCACCCCCCUCUUCUGCACUCCUGUGUUAUAUCCCUUUUGUUUGUCAGAAUGACCAAACCUAAAGCUAAACAGCCUCGUCAGGGGAAUUAAAGUGUACUUCAUAGGAUCUUAGUAUUUCAAGGGAGAAGUUUGCUUUGUUGUUAUCUGUGUCUCCAGAAGGUGAGCCCCCUUCAUAACCACCGUUUCUUUCCCUGUACGAAACACACCCAUUAAUCAUUCAUCUUACGUUCAAGCAGCUAAACUCUUCACAUUUGUGCAUUCCAAACUUUUACACAGGCUACCAACUUUAUAAUGCUACAUUUUUAAAAAAAAACAACACUGUGAUGACGUUUUUACUGCUAAUUUUAACAUUUUUAUAUGAAACAAAGGGAGAGACUUCCUUUAAGUACAGAGUUUUCUUUCUGAUCAGAGCAAUGCAGGGAGCCCAGCAGUUAUUCCCAGGUAAACUGCUUGCUGGUCUAGAUCAGGCUUUAUCAGCCACCUGCGAAACAAUUUCAUAUUUAGGUAAUGUAAGCAUUCCAUUAGGUAAUAGUCAAGAUCCCUCUGCACACUCGUACCAACACCAUACACACACACACACACACACACACACACACACACACACACACACACACACGAAAAGAAAGCAGGCUUUAAUCAAUUUGGAUUUAAAUCAAACUCGGAUGUGGGCCAUGUUUCUUUUCGACAAGCCAGCAAAGCCCCUGAAUAAUUUCUCGUCCUUAUCCCUUAAUGAGGUUGGAGCCCACUGCCAUUUCGACAUAAUGUAAUAAUAAAACAUCUUAAUAAGCAGUAGAACUUUAAUUAAGCCUGUCGUGACGUGUGCCUGAUCUUGCCGGGAGCCGGGGGGGGGGGGGGUCAGGCCAGCGGAUGGCUCUCGGGGCGCGCAGUCGCUAAUGCGGGCUUAAGUACGUGUGAGGGAUGGUCAGAAGUUAGAGGAGGUUGCCCUAUUUUAUAGGCACUUGGCGUAAUCUGACAAAGCCGUGAGCUUCUACUUCGGUCUCCCGGAGACCCGCGUGGCCCGUGGUUUUAAUUUACAGUACGAUAUGCGCAGCUCGGUCUUCUGGAUUCGCUGUCGAGGACAUGACGCUUGCUCUCUCGAACGCCUGACCCUAACGUCAGUUGUUUCUGUAUUUUUACAUUACAAUGUUGUCAAUACAAAUGUGUUUAAUAGUGACACCCGAGAACUGUUAUUGGAACUGUCAAGUGCCAAACACAGGUUUCCCCCCCCCCCUUUGGUCCCUGAAUGUGAAAUAAUCUGUACAUUGUGUCUGCCUUAACAAGAUCUUGUGCCACAAUAAAUUUGUUUAGUUGUUA